UUUUCUAAAUCUGUAGAUGCAUGCGGGGAAGUAGGCUAGUUCUGUUUCAUAACAGGUGCUAACUGCUAGAUGUUUCUUGUGAACUGUGAGAUGACAUGAUGACAACAGGGGUCAGGCUAAAGUGAUCCAAGAAGCAUCGCACGUAACUGUGGAUGUUAAGUGUGUUGGACAAAAGACUAACUAACGACUAAAACUUUCUCUGGAACUCUCUGGAGGGUAAAAGUCAGAAUGGGAACAGUCUCAGAAGACAUUAGGAGGCUUUUGGAUGAUUGUGAGCUGUUUGUGUCCAACAUCCUGCAGGAUGAGCAGCUCAGUAAUCAUGCCAGAGAAACAAGAGAGAUCCUCCUGAGGAACUUCAGAGUGGUUCACAACAGAAACCCUCAGGCGUUUCCCUACAGAUCUGAGUCUGUACAGGAGGAGAGUUCAGAUGACAACCGAAGCUCCAGCCUGGGCCGCUCCGACAACCUUUCUGUGGCCUCCGACUACCAGGACGACGGCUCUCCAGAGUACUUUGAGGAAAUCCCCAUCACUGCAGCCCAGGAUCUCAGCAACAUCUUGAGACAAGGCUACCUGGAGAAAAAACGACGAGAUCACAGCUUCUUCGGCUCAGAAUGGCAGAAACGAUGGUGUGUCCUCAACAACACAAUAUUCUACUACUACGGCAAUGAGAAAGACAAACAGCAGAAGGGGUCGUUCUAUAUCAAUGGCUACAGCGCAGAGCUGGUGGCUAACAUGCGCAAAGACUCCAAGAAGAAUGCCUGCUUUGAGCUAACUUCCCCUGGACGCCGCCCCUUCCAGUUCACUGCCAGCAAUCCUCGAGAGGCCAGGGAAUGGGUGGACCAGAUCAAUUUUGUCCUGAAAGAUCUGAGCUCCAACUUCAUCCCGUUUGAUGACGAUGAAGUGGACGAGGAUGAAGAUGAGGAGGAGACUUAUGAUGACAUUGGGGGGGUCAUUGGUUCUCAGCCACGCCCCCCCCCUACCCCGGCCAUGGUCCAGGCCCAGCCUAGGCCCCCCCCUAUCAACAACAAGGAAGACUGGAAGGCCAAACACAUGGGGCAGGAUGAGGAGGAGCAAGAGGAUGAUGACAUCUACGAGGUCCUCCCACAAGAUGAAUUUCCAGAGUCUGUUGAAGAUGAGAAGAAAUCAGAAUAUUCCUCGGAUUAUGCUAAUUACUACCAGGGCUUGUGGGACUGUGAGGCAGACCAGUCUGAUGAGCUGGCCUUCGGGAGAGGGGACCUCAUAUACAUCAUUAGUAAGGAGUACAACAUCCAUGGCUGGUGGGUUGGAGAGAUAAACGGCACCGUUGGUAUCGUCCCCAAAGACUUCCUUCUCCCAGCGUACAUCCUUUGAGAGUUGCUGUUACGCACAAAUAAGUUGGAGCUUCAUCUGAACAACCAGGCAUGAUAAACUGCAAAUGUUUUGGAUUCCUGUUUACAGUGUCGGUAAAUGUAUAACUAAUGUAUAGUUUACUAUGGGAAAACAAUGCCUGUGCAACCACCUGUUAUAAUUUUUCAUAUGAACCACAAGGUGUCAGACUUGUCACUAUCCUAUUUAUAAGUUCUGUUCAUAAUUAUGUUUGACAGUCUACGACAAAAUAAUAGAGUGAAUGUGUCUAUAAUUGUAAUCUAUAAAAGGUAGAGACGAAAAGUACAAGUCUAAUGGGUUGUAAACUCCAUUUAUUUCUAACGAGUCGAUAGUAUAUCAAUGUAACAUACUGUCCUUUUAGUACUUCUGUUCAAACAAAUCUUCAACGUCUUAUUCUUGCCCUUGAACAUCCCAUAGUUGACAUUACAAUGAAAUGUAUAAACUGUCAUUUUGUUUUCAUGCACAUAAAUUAAAACUGCAAUAAAAUAUUGACAGGUCAAAAUGCA